UGUUUACUUAGGUUGGCGAUAGUUGCAACUUGUGUAUUGCUCCAGUCUCCACAUUUAACUUUGGGACAAGGUGGAGGGUUAAUAGAAAUAACGUCAGGAAACCUGCUUGUAAUAACUGGAAAAGCCAGUGCGAGGAUUCAAUGUUUAGCAAGAGGAGACGGAAGGGAAGAAGUAAAUUUAAAGUGGUAUGGUCCCGAUGGACAUUACAUAGGUUCAAACUUCCUAAACAGAGUAUUUACUCAAAGUCUUGCAAAAAGCUCUCUGUCACUUAUUUUCAAAAGUACCUUAGAGCAGGAUUCUGGAGAGUAUACUUGCAGUGGAACAAUAGAUGAAAAACUAAAGAGUGCAAAAAUUUCAGUCCAUAUCGAUAUGCCCCUUGAAAUUACAGAAGAAAUGGCACCUAGGUCGCAAACACUUAAAGUGGACACCCCAGGUUUGAUUAAGUGCACUGCCCCUGAGGGAUAUAGAAUACUCUGGAUAAGGGAUGGCAAUUCAAUAAGUCAAGAACAUCCACGAUAUUCUCAAGUGACAGAUGGACUUGAAGUCAGCAAAGUAAACCGCAGUUUGGAUGAGGGGACUUUUUAUUGCACGGUGUUUGGAACUGGAGUUGCUUCAUCUAAAAGAACAGUUAUUCACAUAAAAGUAAGAGUGAUAGGUCCUCCAAACAUAAUAACUCCUCCAAGUGCAGGACAGAUUGUGGAGGGAAAUGACUACCGUUUCGUGUGCAAGGCUUCAGGAGAGCCCUCUCCACAGUAUCAAUGGUUUAAGGAUGAGAGUAGUAAUGAACUAGUGGGAGAAAGGUUUGAGGUUGACAAUCAGACAGGAGUAUUGAUCAUUAAACAAUCGAAGAAGUAUGACGAAGGGUUGUACAGAUGUGAGGCCAGGAAUGAAGCUGGCGUGGACAAUGCAACAGCACUACUCAUUGUCAAAAAUCUUGACUAUGAUUAUGGGAAAAACCUGACGUCAAAUACAUCUAGCUGUCAACAGGUGCUUGAUGACCUAUGUUCUCCAACAUUACUCAGCCAGUCUGUGAAAAGAAGCUUGGACAUGUUAAAGAAGGAUUUAUUGCGACUGGAGAUAAAGAAGACUGAGGCCGAGAUAAAAGUUCUUGAAGUACAGAAACUAAAAUUUCAGGAGGAAAUUGAAUUGUUAAGGCUUCAAAAAGAAAAGUUGCGGGGAUAAAUGAAUAAAUAAUAAAUUCUCGUAUGUGUUUCUUUGUGGUUCGACCAUAUGACUCUACAAGUGUACCAUCUUUACAUUCUUUGCGUAUAU